UAUCACUCCACAUCCGUAGACCACAUCAGGAGUAUGUCUCUGCAGGCACUAUGGACUUCACCUGCUCUGGCUUUGCUGUCCCUUCUGCUGGUGCUCAAUACAGAGAGAGCACACACUGCCGUGCCCUGUCGGAAUGGGGAGUGUGUCUGUCUUCUCCCAAAGAGCAUCCGACUCUCCAAAUUCAUGAAGAAGGAGGCAGAUGAUCUCCUGAAAACAUACAUGGACAGUCAAGGGGACUUUUCUGAGCUGUUCUGUCAGAUGCCUGUGAAUGGUGUUCCCGAUGCAGAGAUCACAGGCCACGGAACUCUGGAACGUCUUGGAAACAUUUACACCAAACUGGGGCUCUUCCUGAAGCACAUCACCGUGGUGACGGAGGAACAGCAGAACCUGCAGGAUCCAGAGAAUCCGUUAUUCCAAUUGCUCGCAGAUGCAAAAGCACACAUCGGUAACCUGGCCACCAACAUAAAAUACAUCCUGCAAGCCCUCUACCCCAAUGACACCAUCCCAGAGGCAGCUGAAAUACUGCCUCGUGCCCCCUCGCGAAAUGUGUUUCAGCAGAAGAUUCAUGGUUGUGUGGUCCUGUUGAGACACAGGGACUUCCUAUCACAUGUACUGCAAGAACUGAAGGGCUUGUGGGUCAAAGGUCACGCAUGUACAUCCAGGGCAGAGUGACCAUUCUGAGGUUUUGAACUAUGA